AUGAUUCUCGUUCUAUGGUCUCCUGUUGCCAUCCCAUUGCUUCCAACAAUUGUUCAGAGCUGGACGACAAAAACUUCUUCCAAAGUGGCUGAGUUUGCUUGCAUUGUUGGCCUGUACACUGCUACAGUAAUACUUGUUAUGUUAUGGGGGAAAAGAAUCCGGGGAUAUGAAAAUGCAUUUAAACAGUAUGGCCUGGACUUGACAUCACAACAAAAGCUAUUUGAGUUCUUGAAAGGUUUGGUUGGUGGAGUUAUCUUCAUUUUCUCAAUCCAUGCUGUGAAUGCAUUUCUUGGUUUUGCAAGUUUCUCUUGGCCUCAUAUUCCAACUUCUUUAGAUUCCAUAACUAGGCUAAUGGUGUAUGGACAUAUGGGUCUGGUAGUUGCUCAAGGAACUGUGAUGGCAAGUGCUAUUGCACUGGUGGAAGAAUUGCUUUUUAGGUCAUGGUUGCCCCAGGAAAUUGAAGUUGAUCUUGGAUAUCAUCAAGGAAUUAUCAUUUCAGGGAUGGCAUUUUCUUUCUUGCAGAGGUCUCUGCAAGCAAUACCAGGACUUUGGCUUUUGGCUUUGGCUUUGUCAGGUGCUCGACAGAGAAACGGAGGUAGCCUCUUCAUCCCUAUCGGGCUACGCACAGGAAUGAUGGCUUCCACUUUUAUGUUGCAAAAGGGUGGUUUUUUAACAUAUCAUAAUAAGAGUAGCAUUCCUCUCUGGAUAAUAGGGAGUCAUCCUUUUCAACCAUUUAGUGGUUUAGUUGGUUUGGUAUUUUCAAUGUCAUUGGCAAUUCUUCUCUACCCCAGACAGACCUUACAAACAAAGGAAGUUCAGGAAUAA